GCGCUUGUUCUUUCAUUGAACGUUUGUGUCAGUUCUGAAGUCGGUAUUCGGCUUCACAGUGUGAACCAUUUUCCCCAUAAGCUGGGCCGACUUUAACCCGGGGACACAGUGAGAGGAAGUUUACGAUCCGAGCCGUGAUGACGGAGAAGAGCUGCGGUCCGGUGGCUCGGACGGUGCUGCAGCAGUGUCUGCAAGCCAGACUUCAGGUGAAACCGGCAGACGAGCACUCAGAAGCUCAGUUUGUCCAGAUCGACAGAGGGAUGGUGAUUUACAUCUGCUUCUUUAAAGGAGCCACCGACGACAUCCUGCCCAAAAUGGUGUCCACACUGUUGAACCUGCGGCUCUGUGAGUCCGGCUCGGGGAAGGUGGUGUCGGUGACGGAGCUUCCCGGCAGCCUGCUGAUCGUCCCUCAGGCCACGCUGGGCGGGAAGCCCAAAGGCAGGGCCAUGCAGUACCACAACAACAUCAGCAAAGAGGACGGACUGCGGCUCUACAGCACCUUCGUCUCUCUGUGUGAGAAGGAACUGGCGGCUGCCGCCUCAGCGGGCGGCGGGGCUCAAGUGGCGGUGAAACACGGGACGUAUGGAAACAGACAAGUGCUGAAGCUCGACACCAACGGACCCUACACACAACUGAUGGAGUUCUGAACUGCAGGGGAAGGCGGGAAGGCUUUGCUAGUGUCAUCAUCAAUACUGUCUCUUAAUUAGUGUCUAAAUAUCUACCAAUGAGGCUACAAGGCCCGUGUACUGAUGUUUGAUUUAUGCGUACAUUUCUAGUGUGUCGUUUUUGAACUUGUCUCGUCUGAAAAUGGCCUUCACUAAAAUCACUUUCAACCUCACGCAGGCUCUUGUGUCUGCGCUGUUGUAGCAGCACACAAAUGUCCCCACGGGAAUCAGAUGGUUAACUGACGUAUAUGGAUGUAAUGUUUGAGUGUCCGUAUAGAUUUGGGUAUUAUUUUGUUCAUAAGGUUAACGUGUUGUCAUAGUCAUUGAAGCUUUUGCACAAUUAUAUGAAAUAAAGUUUAA